UAGGAAGCUGUGCAUGUGGUGUCUGUAAUCUCCAGUUCGGGACUAUUACUUGGAGACAAUCAGAAAGAUUUAUAUUGUUAAUGGAAAGAACAUCUUCAAUAUACCUAAUGCCUUGUGACAAAUUGUGUGCUGGAUGUUUGCGCGAUAACGAAGAAAAUAUAGCAGAAACAUGGUGCAGUAAUUGUUCAGAAUUAGUGUGUAAGUUUUGUGCUAAAGUUCACCGGCGAUUUGACCCUCCGCAUAAAAUAGUACAACUCAAUGAUGUAAGUGAGAACAGUAUUUCUCUUAUCGAAUCUUCAAAGUAUUGUGGAACUCAUAGUGAUCAAAAAUCGCUUCUGUUUUGUUCUCAGCAUGAUCAAUCUAUAUGCGAUCUGUGUCUUUCCGGCGAUCAUGCUAACUGUAAAUCAAUUAUUUCGAUUGAACGAGCAGCUAAAGGGGCGAAAGAAGGCACGGCGGCAGAUGAUUUAGAAAAACGUUUAAAAGAUGUCAAAACAGUGGCAAGGACAUCGCUGAAAGAAGUCAAGACAAAUGUUGAUUCUCUUAUUAUGCAAAAGAGCGAUAUUCUACAAAUGGUAUCGACUUUUAGAAAAGAAAUCGAAAAACGUCUUGACGAGCUGGAACAAGAUAUAACGAAGGUAAUAGAGAAACAGUACACUAUCUGCCAACAGCGGGUCAUGGAACAGAAAACAGUAAUGGAGAAACAAGAGAAGGAACUUAUGGACCGAAACGCCGAUAUAAACUCGUUAAAACUGUGUACAAAUGACAUUCAGUUUUUUCAAACUAUUAAGACACUAGACGUCAGUACGCAUCAAUACGAAACAGAGAUGACCACUAAGAUAACAAGAAUCAGCUUGGAAUAUGAACCGAAUGAAGAGAUACCGAAACUAGUUGCUGCCCUGAAAACGUUUGGAAAUGUUCGUAUAUCUGAAACCGAUGUGGAAUUGCAUCAUAUUCCAGAUAAAAUGCAGCAAAGUCAAGUUGAAGUAAAAAACACAAAGGAUACAAAAAGUAAUGGACGAACUGGACAUUGGUCGGGAUUCUACAACCAACAUAGCAGACAACAUCAAUUUGAGCUAGAUAUUGCAUUCUUGGAAGAAAAAGUUACCGGUGAAGGAAUCGAUAAGAUUGGAAAAUUUACUAUUACUGGUACAUGUGACGUUUCUAGCAGAAGAAUCCAGUUUAGAAAGCAGUACAAAGGUGCACAUAGUGUUGAUUACAGUGGGCAGCUAUCACAGGAUGGUUGUAAGAUGGAAGGACAUUACAAUGUUGGUGGUUCUACAGACAAAUUCACAAUGACAUUUGUUCCAGUAUGUAUUUGAAAAUUGUAUGUCAUAUAAUGCAGUCUCUGGACAUUGGACCGGCUUCUACAAUCAAUAUGGUGAUCGACAUGCCUUUGAGCUAGACAUUGCGUUUGAAGGGGAUAAAGUCAGCGGAAAUGGAGAUGACGGAAUAGGCAAAUUUAGCAUUAAUGGUGAUUGGAUCUCUUCUUCUGGUAAAAUACAAUUCUUUAAGCAGUACCACGGUGCACAUAGUGUAGACUACAGUGGUCAACUAUCAUGCGAUGGUCGCAGCAUGAAAGGAAAGUAUAAUGUCAAUGGUUUUUCAGACAAUUUUACUAUGACCGUCGUAUCACUUUGAUAUGAUAUUGUCUGACUCUUAUAAUUGGAAUAUCUUAAUAAAGUUUCUGUUACCACACAAUAUGUAUCUUACAUUGAGUUUGUGAAUAUUUCUGUUAAAUGGGUCCGAUGAUUCACCAAACAUUUCGAAUGUUUACAUGAGACAUAUGUGUAAGACUGCUAAAAUACUUGUGUCACUUUCAUAUACAAAACUAUAUAAAUAAUCUCGACAUGUAAUUGUAUAAAGGUCGAUGGUUCUCUCCGGGCACUUCGGCUUCAUCAACUAAUACACACUGACCGCCACGAAAUAGCACGAUAGGGCUAAAAAAUGAGUUAAACACCAAUCAAUCAAUCAAUCAAUCAAUAUGCAUUUUUAACAGUGUUAAAACACUUAAGUCACUUUCAAAAACGUUCCCAUUCUGAUCGAGAGAAAUCAAAGGAAUGUCUGUUGAAUAAAAUUAACUUUAUAUAGUCUUCUACCGUCCCAAAGUAAACCCAAAUUAAAACACGAAACCUGAAGAUCCCAAAGGGUCUUUAAAACAGAAAGUAUAACGGAUUGCUUCUUAUUCUUGUGGGCAAAGCAUAGACACGGUUAAUGCAGUGAUUGCACGGUCCAAAACAAUUAACAAGCUGUUUUGUUUGAUCUUAUAUUACAAUCGUCAUUCUGUGAUACGAUAAAUGUUUUACUACGAUGUCAUUAUUCCCGUAGUUGAUGAGCGUCUUUAGACUUUCCCCCCAAGGGUGACUGGGGAAUAGAAAUAUGUUCACCAUUGGUCUUCCUCCGACCGGCGGUAAAACCCUCGCUAAAGUGGGGCGUCCGUUUGGCUGUGCGGGAUGUACAAGUUCGCAGUCACGUCCGGUCAGAAUGGGGACGUUAAAUCCGAUGCCUCGUGUAAAGAGAGUACCACGUUCUUUGCACGUUAAGAACCCUUGCAACAACUCUUUGAGGGGUCCGUAGGUGACCUGUUGCAAGGCUAAAUUUAUGUCCCUAUCUAAUAUACCCUCAAUUCCUGUGGCAGUAUAAAUUUCUACGACCUUAAUCCCAGACGCCUCUGUUACAGAGUCUACCUUUUGUAUUUAUUGUUAAUUUGUUCUCGUCCUGAAUAUGCAUGAAAUAUUUGCCACUGGACGUUAAGCAACAAACAAUCAAUCAAUCAAUCUUUAGACUUGCGUUAAAUCCAGUAAUCAUCAUUUAACAAAUUUUAAUCUCCAUUUUGAAACAUUUCAAAGAACGCAUUCAAUGUUUUACUGGUAAAUUAUUUAGUCAGGGAUUACGUUACCUUUUCUAAAUUCUUCCAUAGAUACACAGAUUUGGUUUAGAAGUUUGGUUGUACCUGUAGAAAACUAUUUCAUAAGGGAUAGCACAUCCUAUUUUUUACGGAGUAGUUGUACCGAGCCCGGAAAUUAAAUACGAUCAGGGUAAACUUAUCGAUCCUUUAAAUAAACUUCUAAUUCUAAAAGGUUACCAAUCCAACAUUGUAAUAAGAUCUUAGAACAUUGUUUUUAUUGUUAUUAGUAAAUUAAAAUCAAACUAAAUAUUUUAUUUUUUACAUACAUAUGCACAUCCAUGGCUCUACAUCUAUCGAUACAUGUAUCUUGGCAUUGCACUAGGUCUUGUUUUUUCUGUGACUGUUAAUGACGAUUUUACACUAAAUCCAUUGAAUGUUGGAUGUGUACUGAUUGAUAUUUUAGUCUUUAAGUUAGAUGCAUGAUUUUUUUGUAUUAGUUGUUAUUGGCUUUGAACUAGCUGUCAAUGAAUGCGAGUACUCUCAGAUCUGUUAUUAGUGUCUUUUGUUGUGGGGAUGUAUUUAUAAGUACCCUGCUACGUCCACUCUGUGUUUUUGUUAGAUGUAUUCCUGCUUUGUAUCCAUCUGAAGAGUUAAGCCCUUUUGAACUGAUUUAUAUAGAUUAAUCUUAUGUUGUAAUGUUACAACACUGUUCCAGGUAAGGGGAGGGUUGGCGCCUUCAAACUAGUUUGUACAUAAAUUAUGCCGUUAGUUUUAUCGUUUGAAUUGUUUUACAU